AUGGAGGAGUAUCAGACCUCGCCAGAUGGCGUGGUCGAAAUGAUACAGAAGCCCACAGCGUUCCCCUCAUUCCUAGGUCGCCGAUCAUACAUCCCAAGACCUAUAUCAAAUGCAACAGAAUUCGAUCUCGACAAUGAUAGUGAUUCUGACAGUACACCGGCAAGCUUGACCUCGCGAGGCAAUAGUAGCACUUCUGGUGCUUCUUCACCAGGGCUCAAGACGCCUCACACAGCUGGUCUUGGCGGUUUCGAGUUCCAUUUCGACAACAAAACAGUGUCUCCAGCCAACAGUGUUGCUGACAUCGCGGAAUCCCUGGAUCCUGAGUAUGUCGAACGGCCAAAGGAAGCCGUGCCAGAGUUGCUUCCCACCGCCAGACCACAUGUAUCUGGAAGGCCAUUCACCGCCUUGAACCAAGCUGUCGCUGAGCUCGACGAAACUCAGGUGAGGAGAUGGAGGCCUGAUCAAGUUGCAGAGUGGAUGUCAGAUGCAGGCUUCGACGCGUCGGUGGUCGAGAAGUUUGUGAUUCACGACAUCUCCGGAUCCGUCCUCAUUGACCUUCAGUUUGAAGAUCUGAAGGAACUCGACAUAAGUUCUUUCGGGAAGCGUCAUCGGGUCAUGAGCUCCAUACAUCAGCUACGGAAUUCUUCAUUACUAUCGGACUCUCCACUUGCACGAAGUCCAUCGAAGUCAGCUCAACAACCACGUCGAGCUUCGAGGGCCUUGACUCGAAGCGUAGCCCCAGAGGAGAGACAUGUCAUCGCCGAAUCUCGUUCUCGCUCGAGGCGGCGAGGUCGUCAGCCCAACGACGCAGCUGAAGUAACGCCUGCCGAGUCAGUCUCGAUUGUCGCCAUCGAACAAUUAUUACCGAAGCCCCACUCAUGCUCGAAAGGCGAGGACUGCUCAAAAUGGAAGAAGUAUCAGCGCAAGAUUCAACGAAUUCAGGAGGAAUUCUCAGAUCUGCAAAUUGAUCACGUUACUGAGCCUCCAGAGGAGCGAAGAUCUACGAUUCAGCCGUCCGUUGUCGGAUCAUCCGACAUUCUGGGGCCAAAUGAGCCCAUCUCCAUCACUCCAGAAUUACUGAAUGAGAUACAAGCGCGAGACCCUCAGGAAAGCAUCCGCCAGUUCUUGAACUUCCAGCACGUACACAACUCGGGUCUACAUGGUCCUUCACCACCACCGUCGUCAUCUGCAACUUUCGCUGCGCGGUCUACUCAAGGCCUCAGCGAGCAUCUCAAAGAUCUGCCGAAGCUCACCAUCCCAGAUGACAUCCCCAGUACCUCCACGCCUUACAGGACACCACUGGCAGAAUUCUCCAACUCUUCGCAACUCCAAGACCAACUCAAGCAACAGCUGAGGAGCGAUCCGUUCCACUACGGUGGCGUUGCAUCUCCAGCUGACAUCUAUCGAAUCAACACACCAAUGUCGGCAUCAGAUAUUCCGGUGACUAUGCAUCCCGAAGAUCCCAUUAGCGAACGCUAUAUCAUCUCACAGUCGGUCCCUCCCGAGAUGCGUUAUGGUGGACCUUCACUCUGGACCACUUCGGGUGAGCCCAUCGAGCGGAGCCAAUCGACAGCGCCCUUGCCUCGAAGGCGGACAACACUGAAGAACUCUUUCGCCCCUGCCGUCACUCCCGUCCAGGAAGACCUCGCCUCUGUAUCGCCAACAAAGAUGCAGUUCCAGUCCCCAGCCAGUGCCCCUCGUCCGAGUCGCACCAGCACUGAUGUGCUCUCGCGAGAGGGCUGGAUGCGAAAACGGCGGACCAACCGGCAUAUCAGAUCCAAUGAAUGGUCAGACAACUACUUCCGCCUUUCAGGAACGCGCCUGGUCAUGUUGGAGUCCGACCAUCCAUCGACGGUAGCAGAUCCUUUGGAGACCAUCAAUGUGAGCAACUACUCUCUCCAUGCGUACAAUGUCGCAACAUCAUCGAAGCUCUCUGCCGCAUUCAAAAGGAGCAUUCUUGGCAGCGGCUAUAUGGCAUCAGAGCCACGCUUCGCUUUCUCAUUGAUCCCAGACUCCGACCGAGACAAAGGCUCCAAGCUCUUCAAGGAGUCCAACAAGAGCCAUCACUUUGCCGUCAAGUCUGGACCCGAAAAGGUUGAGUGGAUGCGGAGGUUGAUGCUAGCCAAGGCUGCCAGUCGGAAUGCUUCUGGAUCUGCUGAGUUCUGA